AAUGUCUUCGGAUAACCAGUGGUCAGCAGAUGAGGAUGAAGGCCAGUUAUCUCGACUGAUCAGGAAGUCGAGAGAUUCCCCUUUUGUGCCUGUAGGGAUAGCAGGCUUCGUGGCCGUGGUGUCCUACGGUCUUUACACGCUCAAAUCCAGAAGAGACCAGAAAAUGUCCAUCCAUCUGAUUCACAUGAGAGUCGCUGCCCAAGGAUUCGUUGUGGGAGCUGUGACUCUAGGUGUGCUCUACUCCAUGUACAAGGAUCACAUUAGACCCCGGCUCUUCAAUGUGCCCAAAAAAUGA